AUGGCCAGCCACUGUCUCGCAUGGAGACAGAGCCGCCUCCUUCUUAUCGCGACUGUCGUUUUUGGCCUUUCAAUGGAAAACCACACAACCUCGCCGGCCUGCCGUUGCAUGCUGCAAGAUCCCUGCUGGCCUGAAAACCAAAUAUGGGCUCGAUUCAACGAAACAGUGGACGGACAGUUGAUUGCGACAGUCCCGAUCGCUAGCGUCUGUCACAUCGACUCGUUCACCACGUACAAUGAAUCGCAAUGCGCCCAACUCCAGUCCGAUUGGGGCUUCCCAGCUACACACUAUGAAAGCCCCUCAUCAGUCAUGGCCCCCAUCUUCACAAAUCUAAGCUGCGAUCCCUUCUCGUCGAAAACUUCACCAUGCACGAUCGGGAAUUACGUCCAGUACAGCGUAAAGGCCACAACCGCCGCACACGUCCAGAAUACAAUUCAUUUUGCAGCUCGUCACAACAUCCGCCUUGUCAUCCGCAAUACAGGACACGACCUACUUGGGAGGUCGACUGGAGCUGGAGGCCUUGCGAUCUGGAUGCAUAGCAUGAAAGAUAUUUUCAUCGUGGACUACAGCUCACCGCACUAUUCAGGCAAAGCGAUAAAGGUGGGAGCUGGGGUUCAGUCAUUUGAAGGCAGUGACGCGGCUCAUAGCGCUGGACUUGUUAUCGUGAGCGGCAGCUGUUCAACGAUCGGGCUGGCUGGGGGAUAUUCGCAAGGCGGCGGGCAUGGCCAACUGGUGUCCCAUGUAGGGCUGGCCGCUGACCAGGUCCUAGCAUGGGAGGUUGUUCUUGCAAAUGGGGAUCUGGUAACCGCUUCUCCAACAGAUUAUCGAGAUCUCUACUGGGCUCUGGCGGGCGGAGGUGGAGGAACGUACGGCGUGGUGGUGUCGAUGACUAGCAAGGCUUACCCUGAGCUGCCGACGACAUCGGGUAACCUUUCAUUCUCCGACACAGGUGUAUCGCGAGAUACAUUCUUUGCAGCGGUUGAGAUGUUCGUAUCGAUUCUUCCCUCGAUCGGGGACGCUGGAGGUGCGGGUGUUUGGUGGUUAAGUAACACCACACUGGCAAUGACGCCUACUACCAUUCCCGGUGGCACAUCAACACUUUUCGAUUCUCUUUUUAGUCCCUUAAUUGUAUUCCUCCAACAAAACAACAUACAGCACACAUAUUAUGUGGACGAUUUCCCGACGUACUACGACGCAUUCCAGACGAUGAGCCCACCGGACAACAUCACUGACCAACUUCUCGGUGGCCGCCUAAUUCCAAGAUCUGUAGUUGAGCAGAAUCUGACAGAUCUAACUACCACAUUCCGUGAUAUUGUGGAAAGGAAUACCGGAUUGCUCAUAUCAGGAAUCACGGUCAACUCUUCUCGAGUUCCAUAUCCUGACAACAGUGUUAAUCCAGCCUGGCGAGAUGCGCUGAUGAAUGUUGUCAUUGGAGCGACGUUCGACUAUGCUGACUGGGAUGGCGAUAUCGCUAGCCAGCAGCUCAUUACCGAUGUUCUUAUGCCCCCGCUAGAAGGAUUGACACCUGGAAGCGGCGCAUAUUUGAAUGAAGCCGAUCCAAAUCAAAGAGAUUGGCAGCAGGUGCUUCAUGGGGAUAACUAUGAUGAUUUACUAGGAAUUAAGAGAAAAUAUGAUCCCGACAGCAGGUUUUACGCUUUCAAGGCUGUGGGUAGUGAGGGUUGGACAGUGACUGAGAAUGGUCGCUUGUGCAGAUCGCAAAGUUAUCAGAAGGGAUGA